GAUUUUGAUAACACUUCUACACUACACAGUCGGAACUCCUUAUACUGUCUUCAUGCCAACUAUGCAACUACACUAUUACGUGCUAUUACGUUGGUAUCAAUGGAUUUGAAAAAUGACCGUUUGAGUUCAAUGUUUUGAUGGAACGAGGUAUCAACCUGAGCCUACAGGAGAGAAUUGAACCAAAAUGAUAAAGGACUUUGUUAUUCCUUUAAAUAAGGAUGAACUGUUGCAAACAGGAGAGAGUGGACGAUUUUUCGUUGAAAAACUCGUUCCUGUACGGAUGCUUUCACACGCCUUCGAUGAAGCAAGAAAAGCACUCCAAGCGAAUGGAAUUAAUUUUAUCUUGGAACACUUUGAUACAUUUUUCUCUAUACUUAUACAUGGAAAUAAAAUUGAGUUAGCAGUCGUUAUGCAAGGUUUUUCUAGAAUUCAUAAAGCUAUCACAGUGUUGGUUCACGAUUUGGAAGGCGUACUCGAAGGAGGAAACGAGCUAGAAGACGACGAAUGCGUACGAUUUUUCAACAUUACUAAAAUGCUAGUAUAUUUAUUUUCUGGACUUAUUUGCCAUAUAGAUGCUGAAAUUGUUAAAAGUUCGAGCAGUAAAUAUGUUGAGAAGUCAAAAAAAAAUACAAAAUCAGAUAUAGAAGAAGAAUGGGAUACUACCAAGGAGAAAGCAUUGGAAUACAGUUAUAGAUUGCUUCAAUUACCAUUGCAAAAGCUCUGGCGUCCUUCCAUUGUCGAGGAUGCGUUUAUUAUGUUGCUCACUAAAAUGUGCUAUAAGAUAUUAGAACAUUGUAAGGAUUCAAAAGAUAAACACGUACGGCAGACAAUUUUCGAGAUUUUAGGAAUUUCGAUUAAAAAAUACAAUCAUGGCAUGGACUGCGUAAUAAGAAUUAUCCAGUUGUUGAAGUUGCACAAUACGUUAGCAACGCAUAUAGCAAACGGUGUUAUUCAUAUGGUUGAUACAUGCGGUUGUAACGGUUUAAUGAAGGAAGUAAUAAAAGAAAUAGAUCAAAGCGAACCAUCCGAAAGCGAGAGUCGUUGUAUAUCAAUAUUUCUUGAAACUAUUGCUAAUACUAAACCAAAUCUUAUAAUUCCUAUUCUCGACGACGUGAUGGAUUAUUUGGGUAGCGAGCAUUAUACAUUGAGAAAUUGCGCGAUUAGCGUUAUAGGAGUAAUCGUGCAAAAAGUGUUAACCGGAGACGAUCUUACGCAAGAACAAAAAGAUCAACGCGAUGAAUGUCUGAAUAGUUUACUGGAACAUAUUUUAGACGUUCAUGCAUACGUUAGAUCUAAAGUCUUACAGGUUUGGCAAACUUUAUGUUGCGUAGGAGCUAUUCCUUUAGCAAGGCAAGGUAAGGUUUUAGCUGCCGCAGCAUUACGUUUAGAUGAUAAAAGUGCCAUCGUACGUAAAUACGCGUUACAAUUACUACGUGUCUUACUUCAAGCCAAUCCUUUCGCUGCUAAGUUAAACAAAGAAGAAAUUUCCAAGUCGUUAGAAAAAGAAGAAAUGAAGUUGAGAAACAUGCAGACGAAAAUGGUUAGCAAAAGUGCUCGCGGUGAUAGUCAAAGAUUAGAACUGUGGAACACUUUGCUUCCGGAAAUAAGAAAAGCAUUAAAAGAAAUUAGUAACGAUACAACGGAAAAAAGUAAAAAACGAGACAAAGGUGAUGAGAGUGAGGAAGAGGAAGAAAAUGACGACGACGAAGAAAACUUUAAUCCUGAUACAGCAUUUGAAAAUGUUAGACAAUUAAUGUUAAAAGGAGAGAUUUUUGUAGCGGUGAAAUAUUUGUGGAAAGCUUGUACGAAAUUGAAGCAAAAUCCAAAUAUGAACAAAUUUUCUUUCGAAGCAAAAGAGGAAUUUUUAUUUUUACUUUUAUUGAAAACGUUUAUGGAAUCGGAGAAUAACGAAAAUAAUGCGCAAGUAAAUGCAAAUACAGCGCAGUCAGCGGACAAAGAUAGAGAAAAACAGGAAGUAGAAUCGCAAAAACGACUUGUAAAUUAUUUGAGAAACUGUUUGGUAUUUGCAAACGAAUUGGAAAUCGCUAUACCGAUGGCAGAGAAAUUGCUUUUUUCUACAACAGCAGGUGAUGCCAUUGAAGCGUGUACUUUACUUGGUACAGCGUACCAGUUUGGUGUAGCUGGGGCUGAAGUCGCUAUACGCGAUGCUUUGUCUCAAGUAUUUCAUCAGGAUCUUUCAGUACGCAAUAACGUAGCUGUAGUAUACAAAGACAUUUACUUGAGUACUAAUGAAAAAGUAUCAGACAGACAAAAAGCCCUGUUACGUGUUAAAGCUUUGAUCGAAUUAUUGAAAGGAUUGAAGCCUGGUCAAAGUCAAGCUUUGAAUAAACUUAUUUUAACGUGGUACGGUAAUAGUGAUCUAGGCAGCGAAGAAUUACAGGUUUUAUGGGGAAAGUUUUCAAUGAAAUCAUCGGAUACAGAUCCAUUAGAUAGUAGAACAGCUUUGAUGCUGAUAACGAUGAUAGGUCAAGCUCAAGAUGGUAUUUUAACUGAAAAUUUGGAUGUAUUAAUAAAAGUGGGCAUGGGGCCACGAGCAAAAACUGAUCUUCUUCUAGCCAGAGAUACAUGCAGAGCGUUGAUGAAGAUAAAAAAUACAGGUGACGACGCUGAAAAAUCACCUAUUAGGUAUCCCAAUGAUCAUGAAAUGUUUAGAGAAAUCGUUACGUUACUAAUAGAAAAUUUUACUAAUACAAAAGAAGACGGAUACGUGUCGUUCGCAACAGACGCUAUUAACGCCAUUUAUCAGUUAGCAAAUCAGCCUGCUCAUUUAAUGGAGCACGUAAUAUUAGAAGUGUGUAACCGAGGAAAAUUCAAUAAUAACGAUAAGACGCUACUCAUUCCAUCUUACUGGGUAUCGAAAUUUCUAUAUUUAGUCGGACACAUUGCAAUUAGAGAAAUGGUACAUCUGGACACGUCAGUCUACUCGGAAUUAAAGCGAAGAGAGACGAUACGAAAAUCAAGAAACACAAAGAAAUCAGAUAGAAAUAAAAGGAAUACUCGUAAAUCCAGUACCGUGAACAAAUCGUUCACUACCCCAAAUAGCGCGAGGCAGAUGAUUCGUAAUAAAGAGGCGAGCAUAGUGGAAGAUAACGGAGAGGAAGCUGUGGAAGGAGCAGCAGACGAUGAGGAAGCAGAAUUGAUAAACAAUGUUCUUGAAAAUCAUAUUGUAACUGGAGACGGACUUCUAACAAAAUUUGUUCCGCUAGUGUUACAUGUAUGUCAAAAUCCCAAUAAGUAUAACGACGAAGAUAUGCAACAAGCUGGUACUCUUGCUCUCAGUAAAAUGAUGACAGUGAGCUCAAUAUUUUGCAAAGAAAACUUGCAGCUUUUAAUUACGAUAUUGGAACGUUCACCGUACCCUAGAAUUCGAGCAAACGUUCUUAUCGGAAUAAUGGAUCUUGCAUCGAAAUUUCCAAAUGAAGUUGAACCAUGGAUGAAACACAUUUACGGCAGACUACGGGAUAAAGAUACCCACGUACGAAGUACCUGUGUUCGUGUUUUAUCGAGUCUUAUAAUGAGAGACAUGGUGCGUAUCAGAGGCCAGAUAUCGGAAUUAGCUCUCUGCAUAGUCGACGAAGACUUUGAAAUUCGUGAAAGUGCAAAACAAUUUUUCGGAGGAUUUUCGCAGAAAAGCAAUGCCUUGUACAAUAUAAUGCCCGACAUAUUGUCUCAAUUAACCGAUCCUAAUUUAGAUAUAAGCGAAUCGGAUUUCCGAGAGGUUCUAAAGCACAUCUUAGGUUUAUUGCAAAAGGAAAAACAAAUCGAGACUAUAAUCGAUCGAAUUUGCGUCAGAUUUCAACUGGCUACUACAGAAAGACAGUGGCGUGAUUUUUCAUACUGUCUGUCACUCUUACAAUUUGGCCCGAAAAGUAUACAACGUCUUAUCGAAUGUUUGCCUCUAUUGAAGGAGAAAAUUUACCAUCAGGAAGUUUUAAAAGCUUUGCAGAAUGUUGUGGAACAGUGCAAAAAAAAACCGAAUACAAAAGUAGCUGGUACAGAACUGGAAGAAAAAAUAGAGGAACUUCUCAAAGGUAGAACGGAGAAUGGUGAUAACGAAAUCAUGCCACCGCCACAAGCACCGGUAAAAAGAAACCGUGUUAAACGUUUAAGGCGCAAAAGUAGUAGCGAUGAAGAGGAUGACGAUGCCAAUAGUGAUCCCGAUGCAGUACCUCCUGUAACGAAACAUCUUAGGGCAACCCCGUCAACUUCAAAAAAGUUACCAAGUCGGAACAAAGACAAUAAUUCGAGUGCUGCUUCAGUAUCGAGAAAUAGAAAGUCCGUUUCAACUCCGUCGGGUACUCCGAAAAGAACUUCGGCACGUUUAUCGCAGUCACGAACUAAACAAUAAAAUUUGCGAUUACAUUAGUAGAAUUAAUGUAUAGUUUUCUACUGUUUAAUAUAUGUCGUAUAGAGAAAGUAAAAAUAAGAGGAAAAGACAUGUAUAUUUUCACACGAUCUCGUAAAACUGAUGAGAAUGUCAAAUGUUUUGUAGAAUUAUUCUUUGUUUUAGUAGGGUGAAGAAAUUUCUUGUAAGUUACAUGCUUCCUUCUGUAAAAGACUUUGGUCUGAGAUAGAUAGGUCCAACUGUACAAAUGAACCAUUUUUUUUUGCAUGUAACGAAUCAAGAAAGUAUUACUUUCAUUUGUUUAUAAAGGUGCAGAGUUGUCUACGCAACUGCAACGGAUUUUGUGUUACAUUAAAUUGUGUCUUUCAUUAAAAUGUUCUUUCUUUA